CCAGAGGCGCCCUGUCCGCAAAAAAGAAAAAAUAGAAGAAAAAAAAAGAAAAAAAAACAACACAAGAGGGGCACACUUAACAAUAUGAUGGACCUUUUUGAGACCAACGCUUAUCUUUUCAACGAUCUGCGCUACUUGGAGGAGGGAGAUCAUGGACCGCUGCAGCACUUGGACGUGGACGGGGUGGGGGCGGGCGUGGGGGUCGCCACGUCCCCUCUGUACAGCGGGAAUGACAGCCCGCCGUCGACGGGGCCGGAGAACGGCCCGUCGGAGACCGGGGGGGAGAGCAGCGGGGAGGAGCACGUCCUAGCGCCGCCGGGUCUGCAGCCGCCGCACUGCGAGGGCCAGUGUCUCAUCUGGGCUUGCAAGACGUGCAAGAGGAAGUCCGCGCCGACGGACCGGAGGAAAGCCGCCACGCUCCGAGAGCGGAGGAGGCUGAAGAAGAUCAACGAGGCGUUCGACGCGCUGAAGAAGAAGACCGUGCCCAACCCGAGCCAGCGGCUGCCCAAAGUGGAGAUUUUACGCAGCGCCAUAAGCUACAUAGAGAGGCUGCAGGACCUGCUGCAGGGGUUGGACGCGCGGGACGGCACGCAAGGGGACGGCUCGUAUCGCCUCGGCGUCAAGCAGAAUGUGGCCAACAACGAGUUCCAUUGGAAAAAGGGCUCUGAGACCUGGCACACCUCUGCUGACCAUUCCUGCGCGCCAAUGACGAAUCACAAAGAAGGUACCAGCGAGUCCUCGGCGUCCACCAGCCUGCUGCGUCUCUCGUCUAUCGUGGACAGCAUCACGAACCGAGAAGGCAUGUCAGAGAACUGAAGACGGAGGCCUUGCCUUUGCAGAUGUGUGUCGAUGCAAGCGGUGCCUCUGGUGUUCCACAUUUCCGUCUCCAUCCUCGAUUGUCAUUUCCACCUCUACCGGUCAUUCGAGCGUGUAUGUGUUAUGUGUUCGUGUGUGCACACGGGAGAGUUAAAGGCAA